AAUCACAUGUCAUUAAGGUGAAAUGAAAGUUUUGGUUUUGACAUGGUAGAUUUUCAUUUUUAAAAAUUUAUUCGGCUACUUUACAGUCACCUGUUGGCUUUCAUUCGUGAGAAGCCUCGUGUUAGAUAUAAGAAAAUUAAAAAACGAAAUAUUUUUUUUCUGAUAAAAGUGUAUAUAAAUAAAUAAUAUAAAAAAUGGUGAAGUUGGGGAAUAUAUUGCAAGUGUUUACACGAAAAAAAAUGAUUGAUUCAACAAAUGAAUCUUCAUUGACAAGAUGCUUAUCGACAUUGGAUCUAACUUUCUUGGGGAUUGGUUCUACACUUGGUGUUGGUAUCUAUGUACUUGCUGGAUCAAUUGCACACCACGAUUCAGGACCUGCAAUUAUAAUUUCUUUUGCAAUUGCAGCAAUUGCUUCAAUAUUUGCUGGACUAUGCUACGCAGAGUUUGGUGCCAGAGUUCCAAGAGCUGGUUCUGCUUAUGCAUAUUGUUACGUGACAAUGGGUGAAUUUAUUGCUUUUUUAAUUGGUUGGAUAUUGAUAUUGGAAUAUGUCAUUGGAGCAGCAAGUGUUGUCAAGGGUCUAAGUACUAAUUUUGAUGCUUUUAUUAAUUAUAAAAUGAAAGCUUUCUUUGAAUCAUUGCAAAAAUUAGAUCCUGAAUAUACUGGAGGCUAUCCAGAUUUAUUUGCUUUUACAGUAACAAUAAUUUUUUCACUUGCAAUUGCUUUUGGUGCCAAAGAAUCUUCACUUCUUAAUAAUUUCUUAACUAUUGUUAAUCUUGGAGUUGUCUUAUUUGUCAUUAUUGUUGGAUCAAUUUAUGUAAAAAUAUCAAAUUGGCAAAUUGACACUGGAUGUACUGAAGUAAUAAAACAUAAUGUAACUUGUGAAUAUGGAAGAGGAGGUUUUGCACCAUAUGGAGUUGUUGGAAUAAUUGCUGGUGCUACAAAAUGUUUUUAUUGUUUCAUUGGAUUUGAUUGUAUUGCAACUGCUAGUGAAGAAGCUAGAAAUCCAAAAAAAUCUAUUCCAAUUUCAAUUGUUGCAUCAUUGACAAUUGUUUUCUUGGCAUACUGUGCUGUAUCAAGUGUUAUGACAUUGGUUGUUGAUUACAGAGUGCUGAAUGACGACUCUCCAUUACCAGCUAUGUUUGAAAGUGUUCAAUUAUAUUGGGCCAAGAAUAUUAUAUUUGCUGGAUCUAUGUGUGCAAUUGGUGCAAGUUUACUUGGUUCAUUAUUUCCACUUCCACGUGUUAUUUAUGCAAUGGCUUCAGAUGGUCUCAUCUUCAAGUUUAUGGGUAAACUUCAUCCAAAAUUUCAAACCCCUGUUAUUGGAACUUUGAUUGCUGGUUUAAUAACUGGAAUUUUAUCUGGAAUAUUAAACCUAAAUCAACUUUCUUCACUGAUGAGUCUUGGAGUCUUGUCGGCAUACUCAACUGUUGCAUCUUGUGUUUUAAUUUUACGAUACAAAGAAUGUGAGACAUUUGAAAAACGAGAUGACAGAGAACCUAGAACUGUUAUUUAUAUUGUCAAGCAAUUGCUUAAUCUCAAUAAUACAACAAGAUCAACAAAAUUAACCAGUCAAAUUGCUUCAAGUCUUGUUUUUCUUUACAUUUUAUCGUGUAUACCCACAACAUUAUUUAUUAUAAAUUCUUCUCAACACAUUCUUAAUGGUUCUUUUUCGACAAUUGGAGUACUUGUUGCUUUUAUAUCAAUUCUUGUUUUGAUAUUAAUAUGUAUAUAUCGUCAACCUGUAUCAGACAAAAAGCUAUUAUUUUCAGUUCCAUUGGUACCAUUUCUACCAGCUUUCAGUAUUUUUAUAAAUGUGAGUCUCAUGAUGACACUAGAAGCUAAAGUGUGGUACUUGUUUACUGCAUGGUUAUCUAUAGGUCUAGUUAUAUAUUUUUUGUAUGGAAUUAAAAAUAGCAGAUGUGGAAGUCAAUUGACAAAUUUGAUAAGCGAAAAAAAUCAAAAUAACAAAAGAAAUGUGCAACAAGAAAUAAAUAAUGGCAUGGCAUAUAAUAAUCCAUCAUUUGUUGAGUAAAAAAAAAUUAUUUUGUCAAAGAAUAAUUUAAACAACAAAAAGAUAAAUAAAAUAUAAACAGUUGUGAAUUUUUAAAACAACAUCAUUAAUAUUUUUUGUAGAAAUUUUUAAAUAUGUAUUACCUGCAUAUUGAGAUUAAAAGCCAAAUCGUUUUCUGUUCUAAUAAAAUUUUUUAAAAAUAA